UGCCUUAAGGAUAGAGUGGACUAUUCGCUCUAUAUAUUUCCACCAGAACACCCUUUCCGUCAAGCGUGUUCCCAGUUUGUGGGCCAAAAGUGGUUUGACAACGCUGUGCUUCUGUUUAUCGCUCUCAACUGUAUCACACUGGCGAUGGAGCGACCCAACAUACCUCCCGACAGUCCAGAACGGCUGUUCCUCUCUACGGCCAACUAUGUGUUUACUGUCGUCUUCGCUGUCGAGAUGUUUGUUAAGGUUGUGUCCACUGGCAUGUUCUAUGGAGAAGAGGCCUACUUUAUGUCUGGAUGGAACAUCAUGGACGGUUCACUGGUGAUCAUCUCCAUCAUUGACCUGAUGCUAUCCCUUCUCACAGCCAGCAGCCCUCGCAUCUUUGGAAUACUCAGGGUGUUUCGACUGCUCCGUUCCCUCAGACCUCUGCGUGUGAUCAACAGAGCCCCAGGAUUGAAGCUGGUGGUACAGACUCUUCUCUCGUCACUACGACCCAUCGGCAACAUCGUACUUAUCUGCUGCACAUUCUUCAUCAUCUUCGGCAUUCUAGGAGUUCAGCUGUUCAAAGGCAUGUUCUACUACUGCGAUGGUCCAAACAUCAAGAACGUGAGGAACAAGACGGACUGUCUAGCAGACAAGAGGAAUGUCUGGGUGAACCGCAAGUACAACUUUGACGACCUGGGGAAGGCGCUGAUGUCGCUGUUUGUACUGUCCAGUAGAGAUGGAUGGGUCAACAUCAUGUAUACUGGGCUGGACGCUGUGGGAGUGGACCAACAGCCGAUAGAAAACUACUCAGAGUGGAGACUGCUGUACUUCAUCGCCUUCAUCCUCUUGGUUGGGUUCUUUGUGCUUAACAUGUUUGUGGGAGUGGUCGUGGAGAACUUCCACAGAUGCAGGGAGGAACAGGAGAAAGAAGAGAGGGUGAGGAGGAUGGCGAAACGAGCAAAACAGAUGGAGAAGAAAAGAAGAAAAAUGCAUGAGCCGCCGUACUAUACAACGUACUCACGCUCUCGCUUGUUUGUACACAACGUGGUGACCUCCAAGUACUUCGACCUAGCCAUAGCAGCUGUUAUUGGACUCAACGUCAUCACUAUGGCAAUGGAGUUCUACAUGAUGCCCAAGGCACUGUCGUAUGCACUCAAGAUUUUCAACUAUUUCUUCACUGCUGUAUUCAUCUUGGAAUCUAUUAUGAAGUUGGUGGCGCUAGGGUUAAAAUUGUACCUGAAAGACAAAUGGAAUCAACUUGACAUAGGAAUUGUAAUCUUGUCUAUUGUCGGUAUUGCCUUGGAAGAGGUGGAGUCAAAGAUUAUUCCCAUCAAUCCUACGAUAAUACGAGUCAUGAGGGUGCUUAGGAUAGCCAGGGUACUGAAGCUGCUCAAGAUGGCCAAAGGUAUCAGAGCUCUUCUAGACACAGUGAUGCAGGCUCUGCCCCAAGUUGGGAACCUUGGACUGCUCUUCUUCUUACUCUUCUUCAUCUUCGCUGCACUGGGAGUUGAACUUUUUGGAAGACUGGAGUGCAGUGAAGAACAGCCUUGCCAAGGUCUUGGAGAACACGCACACUUCAGUAACUUUGGAAUGGCCUUCCUGACACUGUUCCGAGUAGCAACUGGGGACAACUGGAACGGCAUCAUGAAGGAUACAUUGCGUGACGACUGUGAUGACCAAGCGGACUGUGUCCGUAACUGCUGCGUACACGCAGGGAUCGCUCCCAUCUUCUUUGUCAUCUUCGUACUCAUGGCACAGUUUGUACUGGUCAACGUUGUGGUCGCUGUUCUCAUGAAGCAUUUGGAAGAAUCUCACAAACAGAUGGAGGAUGAGUUGGACAUGGAGGUAGAACUUGAGCGAGAGCUGGCGCAAGAACAGAUGGAGGAGGAAGAAGAAGAACUUUGCAUGCAGUUAGCCCUUGAACAGGACGCGAUCCACCGACCUCUCGCCAAAGUGCUGAGCCUUCCUGCAAAUUUCACCUUCAGUUCCAGCUACUGUGAGGAAAGCCCGUCUAGAGGUACAAAGCGUAGGAGCUCUUGGACAAAAAAUAAAGAAGAAUUAUUCCUGAAGAACAACAGAAGAAGACAAACCCUAACAGGCCCUGCACUGAUCCCACCUGCCUACCCAGCCAUGGGAUAUACCACCGUGUACACUACAUCUCAGGACAAGGACAACAUAGACUCUGGGAACAGGUUAUUCUCGGAUGACCUGAGAAAAUCAACAGUACGCCGAGUAUCAAGUGACUCUAGCACGAGGCGUCGCUCUGUAGUGGAGCUCACAACUCCUUCACCGUCGCCCUCACUGCUGUCCGUCCCCAGAUUGCUCACCGCACCCGGUGGAAGCUGCAGACGACUUAUGAGCUUGACUGAGCUAGAGGCAUCACCACAGGAGGCAGAACCACCAUCAGAAGACAUAUCUCCCGAGUGUGUCGCCCCCGCAGUGCUGCUGGUGCCUCCCCCUUACCCCCACCCGGAACCAUCCCCCUCUCCUUCACCAGACUCUUCCGAACCACCUGAGACCAAAGACGAUGUCAGUUACAACUCAAAGAGCGAGAUGGACAUUCAAAUCAUGGUGGUGGGGGAAACUUGUUUGCCGCAAGUUGGGCGACAAGACACCCCAGACGGAAAGUCAGUCGAGUCACGGUCAGUUUUGCCUGGCCAACGAGUCAGGAUAAGACUGUGCGACACCCGGCUCGACUCGGGUAUCGGGGACGAUAAACACAGUCAGGAAUCGCAACCAUCGUCCAGUGGACCUUACGAUCCGGUCGACGAACUUUCUUAGUGCACGGUAAAAGUGAGUCGUAUCUCGACCAGGUGCGUACCUUUCAAACACUGUAACUUUGUUUGUUUUAUAACACGCAUCUCUUUAUAGGUUUUCGUAUUUUCCACUAUUUUAUACGUUAGACUCGUAGCGACGUAGGAACUCAGUGCAUGCAGAGUGGUGCUCUGUCGACAAUUAUCGUCACGUCUCUCCCGUUAACAAGGUUUUUACAGGGAUGAUUUCUACUUCAGAUUGCUUAGUGCUUGGACGGAAUAGAAAGUAAGUAUGGUAUUCGAUUUUUAAAUAGGAUUUUAAGUAUAGCUGUCUUUUGAGAAGGUAACCGUGUGUGUGUCUUGAAAAAAUGGCAUCGAAAGUAUUCAAAACGAAAUUGAGGGUUGUUAAGAAAUUCUUCAAUGCCCUUGCGACCGAUCAGUUGUUUUAUAAACUGGCACCGCAUUGUUGAUUACAACUUGUUAAGUUUUGUAGUUAAGGACAGCAUUGCACAAAGUUCGGAACUAAUAUUUGUAUAGUGUAGAUUAAGUCAAAUGUUGUAAUGUAAUUUGAAGUAAAUGUGGAGUAUGCCUCAAAGUCAGAUAAUUUAUACUGGCCUAAUUAUGGUACUUCUUGUUACUCAGAUGUACAUAAGGUGUUAAGUAACUAUUUCCUGUACUUUAAGAUCAAACUGAAAUAGUUUUCUUCUGUAAACCCAAUUUCAAAAAUGUAUAAAAUAAUCCUGAUUUAU